CGAUCUUACAUUCAAAUCAAACGCUAGACUGAUCGCGACUGUGGAAGUUCUCGCUUCUUUCGAUUUUCGCUAAAUCUAAAUUAAUUUUUUGAAAAAAAUGUGUGUCGGGAAAAUCGUUAGUGACAUCGAAAGGACUAAUCCAGUGAUUGGAAAGUUAGAGUUUAGAAAUGUGGAACAGGUGGUUCGACCUCAACACACUGAAGAUCAUCAAUCAUGUAACCCCGACAACCCUGAUCGAGGGGGGUACGAACAAGACAUCCUAGGGGUUUCUACCAAAUAUACAUACUAUUUCUUCCAAGCUAUUAAGAACUUACAACAACAAUUUUUCAAAUCCAAUACAUACAAGAUUCUGCGGCACACCACGCAGCCUGCCCAUUUUAUCACUGCAGUUUCUGUGAUCUUCGUAGCAUACUUGAUGAUGCCAGGAAAAGCUCAUCCUAAAAUGUCCCUUCUGUGGAAUCUACUGUACCUGGGGGCCUUCAGCGCUCAUUUCGGUGCCCAGAUCUGGAUGACUUUCGUCUCUGGCUUGGCUUUGUUCUUCUCCCUAUCCAGACAUACUUUUGGCAGUGUUCAGCAAGUAUUGUUUCCUAAAUACUUUCUUUUGAACACUGUGCUGAGCUUCAUCACUCUGUUUGUGUUCAUGAAGACCAACAACAGCGUUCUUCUGGAAUCCUGGGAGAAUUUAAUACAGGCUCUAUCCAUCUCCUUGUGCUUCCUUGUGGAACUGGUAGUGCGCCUGUACUUCACUCCUCCUCUUUUGCGCCUCAUUGGAAUCAAACAUAAGAUCGAAAAAGAGGCAGGAGUGGGCCUGGAAGUAGGAAAAUACGACCUGGGAAGGUUGAAAGAUUGUCCUUACUAUAUGAAAAUCCACAAAUCGUUUAGAUCCAUCCACAUGACCAUCGCCAUCUUGAAUUUGGUUGCCAUGGCGUGUACUACUCUGCAUCUUUAUUAUUUAUCCCAAAAAUUAUGUUCAAUUUGAAAGGUUAUCCAAAAUGGUUAACAGACUGACUACUGAGGAUAUGGACGCCAAAGAUCAAGGAUUGCUUGGUGCUUUACUCUAUGGUAGAUACAAGUGCGUUGUAAGCUACUUGGAAUGUAUGUAGAGAUUGUGUUUUUCGUGUGUGUGCCUAUAUUGUAGCACUUGUAAUACUCGUACUAUUAGUUAUAAAUUAUUUAUUUGUUUAUUAUCAGUAUUAUUAUAUUUUGUACUUGCUUAAUAAUAUUUAUUAAUAAAUUUUGUAUCAAAUGA